AUGCCACGACACUCAACCGGUACUAUCAGACCAUCUUCUUCAACACAACACCUAUUGUCAAGUCCCACAGCUGAAGUCUAUUGUCAUACCUCCACUGCACCCUCUCAUACAUUGCGCGCACCCUCUCAUAUCCCGCGCACCCUCUUGUACAUCCGGCACACCCUCUCGCACCUCUCAGACCUCCACCCUCUCAUACAUCGCACGCACCCUCUCGUACAUCCUGCGCACCCCUCUCAUGGCUCCAAUCCACCCUCUCGUACAUCCAGUGCACGCUCUCAUGAUCCGUCAAUCCUCGUUCAGGCAAGAGCCAUGCUGAUCCGAGUCGUUGCCCACCGUUUGCAGACUUUUGCGACGUUCCCAAUGCGACGGACACCAUGCGCGAAUGCCCAGCGCGUGCCAGCAAAUUUGCCCGUGCCUCCACUCCUCCUUCUUGUGCCAUCCACAUAUGUUCGAGUCACGUCAGCAUUCACUGACGUGUGCUGGACAUAUGUGCUAAGCACUGGCGGUGAUACCUAUGGUACCCACGGGUAA